AAUGCCCAGCUACGUCGACCUUUACCAAUAACGUGCGGACAAUCACUGGAACUGGCACGUCAUACGGAAGCAUUGUGACGUAUGUGUGUAACCAAGGCUACGUCGUUCCAAAUACCCGGAUAAUGCAACAACGGAUGACGUGUCAACAGUGGGGCAACUGGUCCAGUACCGCGGUAGACUGUACAGCGGACUUCACGUUUGUUGGCUGUUUCGCAAAUUCUGGAGGAAACCAACUCAAUGCUAUUUCUAUCGAUGUGUCCACCAUUAACGACAACACAGUGACGAACUACGUUGACAAGUGCAGGAAACAUUGCCUUAGCAACGGAUUUCCUGUAGCAGGCAUGGUAAAUGGAGACACGUGUAAAUGUGCCGCCUCUUACGACACUUCCGCUUCCCCGUUGACAAGCACGUCGUGUAACACCGCGUGUACAGGUGGAGACCCCGGCUUCUGGUGCGGAGGAUCUGGGACCAACAACAUUAUGAUAUUCAAGACGGCCAAUCAGUGCCCGCCUCUUACUCUCACCUUGGCUACGGCAAAUACAUCCCUGCACGCCAUUGGUACGGUGGUGGGUAUUACGUGUGACCCUGGCUACAUGUUCCGUGACACAGAGGCCACCACACGUGUCACUGAGUGCUUGGCCAAUGAGCUAUGGAGUGACGGUGUCCAAUCAUGUAUGGGUAAGUGCAGCAUGGGUUUGGUAAUCUUUGUUUUCCUCGGUGAUUAAUCCCGGGUUUUAGAAUACAUUUUUAGAAUACAUUUGAUUAAAUGGUCUAAAAUAUGGAAAAGUAUGUUAUUAAAAAUACCUAAACUGUGGUGGCUAUUGAAAAUAUGAUAACAAACUAGUACUGUAGGAAAUUCCCAUCCAUUUUUGUAUGCUGUUUGGUUUGGAAUAACUUCCGUUUUAACGUAAAAUGUUUGUAUAUUAGAAGACUUAAUACUAUUUAGACGCCAUGCUGAAAAUUCAAACGGUGAGUAAUCUGUCACUUUUUAGUACUAACCUCAGUUUUUUUCAUUCUAAGUGUCUUAUUAGUUUGACGUCCUUUGUUGCACUUUUUAUUGUUGUAAGAAAGUCUUAGUAUGAAUGUUGUCGCAGUGGAGACAGUUAGUUUAGAUUUAUGUCAGGGUGAUAGUGCAUUAGCACUAAUACUGUGAGGGUUUGGUUGAUUCUUCUGUGGUGUCAUAUUUUGAACUGGAGGCGUAUGUGUUGAAAUGACAAAGAGUGACUUCGGUGACGAUGAAAAGUUGAUGACAUGCUAUGUCCUUUGGAGAAAGAGAAGUUAUUUAUCUUAUAUUUUGCCUGCCUGGUUGAUAUAUUUGGUAUCUUGGGAGCUGGUUAAGAUGCGUAUGGUGCAUUCAGAGUUAUUGACGGGAAUGUGACGUGAGUUUCCUUGAAUAUGACGUAUGUAUCUUUGAGCGUGACGUAAGUUUCUGUGAACGUAACGAACGUACAUGUGGUUGCUCGUAUACCAAUGAUUGGAUGCAAAUAUUUAAUGUUAAUGCCAACGACCUGAUAAAAUGUGAAUAUAAUGAUGCUGGUGGUACUGAUGCUGAUGCUGAUGAGACCGUGACAUUGACGACCAAAAUUCGGCAUAGCAGUGACGACAGGACGACUCCACUUGGAAUUAAUGUCACACAAUCCCUACAGAAGAGACUGUCACCUACUUUGUGCCAAUACAAAGAACUCAUUACAAAGAUUCAGCGCAACUUCAGUGUGAAAAUCGCAAACAGGCCGCUGUGAAACUUAUAUCAGGCAAAAACCUGCAUUUUACGUUAAACUUCAAGUAUUAACUGAUGAUGACAAAAAAAGACAAAGUAUUUACAUCGAAUCCACUGACACUGUUGAAGUAAUGUACCAAGAGUGAACUAAGCCGCAGACAUUGCAUCGUGGAAUAAAUUCGUUGGAAAACCGUUGGAAUGUACUGUUUCAAGACAUGUCUUCCGGUCAUCACGCCAUGCAAUUUUGUUAUACAUGUACACGUGUUAAAAGUCGAAUAUCAUUGUUCAAAGAAAAAAGCAUCCUUAAUGGAAGAUACGAUGCUGUAGCAGAAGAUAUUUUGAGGACAGAAUCGGACAGAUUAUUGGAUAUCGAUUCUACAUUUGACACUUGUCAUUAUCAAUACUCAAUAAACUUCCCAAUAUUAAACAGUUCGAUGUUUUGAGACAGGUGAUAUGUGAAGUCUAAUAAGAUUGCUUUCUUUCAUAAGACGAUUAUAUCUGUUAAAGUCAGUACAUACACACCUUUGUCAAAUGUAUAGGAAUACGUCGAUGUUCCGAAUUUCUGAAUGAAUUGAAUCGAUUCGUAUAUAUAUUUUAGGUAUCCAUUUUAUGUAUUAGUUAAUUUCAAAAGAUGAGUGAUAUUGCUGUUUACAUUAUAUUGUACUUUUAAUUAAAAGUCAUGGAAUCAGCAAGAAUCUAUCAAAGUAUAUGUGUUUAUUUACAUGAACAUAAUGACAUUACAAAGAAUGUUUUUUUUAUUUAUUUUUUAUUUUUUGAAUACACAGAUGAAUGCAAACUUGAUUAUCGCUGUACGUUAUACAAUGCAUUUGAAUUAUAAAUUAAAGAGAGGUAGAGCCGAACCUACACAUACCACAAUAAUAACAAUUUUAUACAAAAUAAGAAAAUAUAAAUUUACACAUGUACAUGGUUUGACAAGAAACAUCCUUAAUGAUUCAAAACUUAGAAAUGUGAGACUUUCAGUUAUCAGAAAAUAGGGAGAACGGUAAUUUCAUUUCCUUUCCCCCUCGUUGUUUCAGUUUAUUGGUUAUAGUUAUCGUAAAUGAAAGAGUUAUUCCCUUUGUAUUAAAUUUAGCUUCAAAUAUUGCCAUGAACGAUAGAUUUUACAUGUCGUUAAAGUAGCUAGAAUGUAGAAGACCCUGAAGAACAGUUUUAAUUAAUUAUUUGAUCCUGUCAUAAUUUACAACUUUUGUAUGAAAACAUUUCAGAAACGGUGCUUAGAACUGUUUUAAAU